AUGGGUGUGGCUUUGCAUGGUCCGCCGCAGGGCCCGCCGCAGGGCCCGCCGCAGGGCCCGCCGCAGGGGCCUCCACAAGGCCCACCGCAGGGACCACCACGGGGACCACCGCAGGGUCCGCCACGGGGCCCGCCCGGCCGCCGCCAGAGGGCUGGUUUCGACGAAUCUACCCCUACCGGCUCGGUGGACAGUAAGACGGAACUGCAGCCGCGUCUCACCACCUGGGACGAUGACGACGCGGCCGACAUCCCCAUGAUCCCGGACCUGGACGAGGUGCAGGAGGAGGACCUGACGCUACAGGUGGCGCCUGCUCCCACAGCGCCUGUCAACCGCGUGGCCACGAUGCAAGAACUGAACGCGGACCUGGAGAAGAAGCCGGCGUUCAUGACGCUGGACGAGGUGGACCUUCAGCUGCUGACACGCUGUCUGCAGGAGGCUCGCGACGUGGCCGAGCCGGACAAGCCCUGGGUGUGGGACGUGCUCUUCACGGAGAUCAUGUCGGAGGUGCAGGACGAGAUCGCCCUGGACGCCACCAGCGCCGACCCCACGCCCCAGCCUAGCGCUACUGGCCUGAACAAAAAGUCUUCGACGAGCACCAAGUCCGGCUCACGAACCGAGCAGCAGCAGCAGCAGCAGCAGCAGCAGCAGCAACCGCCGCCGCCGGCCGCUGAGCUGAGGAAGAGGUCGUCGACGGGUGCCGGGUCGGCCUCAAAGACACAGGCUGCUGCUCCUGCUGAGCCGGCUUAACCCACGGAUCGCCACACUGCGCUGGGGCGCCAGGCCAGCAUCGUCUCCGGGAGGACCGUACCUGUCUCUCUGAGACGCGCGUCCAGGGUGCUUCCGGCUGUGACCACCGCCGGCCUCGUCUUGUGCUCCCCCCCCCCCCCCCCCC